GAGAUUUUAGGUCAAAGUUCAGGACAUAUUUGCCGUCGGGAUGGAAACGUUUACAUUUUUGACAGGUGAAUUUUCGGUGGAUAUGGUGCUCUUUCUGUCGAGUCGUCGGUGAUCUGUGGCAAUUUCUGGGUCAAGACGUAACCAAGAAAGUAGAGAGAACGCCCACCUGAAGUAUGGACAUAGAGGUGAUAGGACGUAUCCGCCCAUCAGCACGUGGGGAGGGGCAUCACUCUCUCAACAUCACGGGAAACCACCGCAUCACCAGUAACGAUGGCCAGUCCUACAGCUUCCAGCCACUCUUUAGACAGGAUGCCACAAACUACGAUGUCUACGCUAAGGUGUUGGAACCUCUGCUGGACCUGUUCUUAGCAGGAUUCAAUGUAUCCUUAUUGCUGUUUGGAGAGACGGGGUCAGGCAAGGCCUACACCAUGGCAGGAGACAGUCUGAACAAGGCUGGGAUCGUCCCUCUGGCCAUCGAUGGCUGCUUCAACAGACUACUGGACCUGCAGGACAAACACAGAGAAGACGGCGGGGUCCGUGACACUCAGCGGAGAGGCAAAGAUGACGUGGAGCUCAGGAUGUCCAUGUACGAGAUCUACAACGAGAUUAUCAAGGACUUAUUGACUGAGAACCAGCAGCGAGGAAGCCUUCCUAUAAAGGAGACGGCUCAGCUCGGCCCACAUCUGCCUGGCUUGAACCAGAUCCCGAUAUUCAAUGCAGCGGAGGCCACCAACUACUUCCGACAGGGCUGGGGGAGGAGGACGGACGUGGUGACGGAUUUCGGACCGGCGCUGGGGUACAGUGCAGCUGUGUUCCAGCUGGAGCUGUCCAUGGUUACGGGUGGAAGUCCGCUUCCCAACCGCUCCAUCCUGCAGGUGGUGCGACUUCCUGGAGCGGAGAAGCUCGCGGAGGAUCCUACCAAGCUGCGCAUGAGGGAGGGUCCGAGCCUCAACAAGUCCCUCACAGCCUUCAGUCAGCUGGUGACAGAGUUGGCCAACACCCGACACGCAGACAGGGUCAUCAACUACACCGACUCAAAGCUCACUCACCUGAUGAUGGAUGCGCUUGGGGCCAACGCCAAAACUCGUGUGCUCUGUCAUCUGCCUCCGCACUGCGACCAGUACCGCCUCUCAGUCAUGCUGCGGUCGUGCGCUCAACUGUCGCAAGUCAAGAACUUCCCCAUCCUUAACGACCACCUCGCACAGGGGCUGUUGUGCCAGUUCCGUGCGCGUGUCCUGAGCCUACAGGAGCAGCUGGGUUACGAGGAGGGUCACGGGAGGGCGCUGCAGCUGCACGAGAUGAGAGACGAGCUGAAGAAACUCACCACAGACAACCUGCAGCUGAGGGACAAGAACGAGAGGCUGUACCAGAAGGUGGAGCAGCUGCAGUCCAAGUUGAAUCAGAUGGCUGGAUCACGUACUGACCUGUCCUCCAAACUCAUCUUCAGUGAGGAGGAGAAACUACAGGUGUCUAAGGCAUUGGUAGACCUGCAGAUAGAGAAUAACCGUAUCCAGGAGGACUAUGAAGCUGCAAACUUUGAGCUGAAGAACAAGGUCCUCACACUGGAGAAUGAGCUUAUGGAGGUGACCUUACAGAAGGACAAGCUGGCCCGGGACCUGAGGAGUACUCACGACCGCCUGCGGACGUCUGAGAAGGACCAUAAGGAGUUAGCUGAUGAGUACAUCAUCCUCAAGACUAACUACCUGGCCUUAACAAAGGAACAUGACCGUGAGAAGGCCAGGAAUGAGGAGUUGGGGAUGGAGCUGUUGAACCUGGUGAACGCCACGUCCCACGGGCGGCCCGUACAGGGGGAGCUGACGGCAGAGAUAGACAGGCUGAGGCAUGUCGUGUCUCGGCUGUCCACACACAAGCCACAAGAUGCCUACCUGGGUGGUGAGGAGGAGAGACAGCAGAUGGAGAAGAACCUGUUUGGUGAGCGGGAGCGGAUGGAGGAGGAUCGCAGGAGGAUGAAGGCUCAGUAUGAGGAGGAUCAGGACAAGCUGGAGGGCAAGCUCAAGAAACUCAGGAGAGAGUUACAAGAGGCCCAGGCUCAGGCCCGUGAGGCCCAGCGGAAGGCGGGGGAGACAGCUGCCAAACUGAUCAUGGCAGAAGGCAAGCAGAGACAGCUGGAGAUAGAACACAGCAAGGCACAGCAGCAGUUCAAGGACAUGAACGCUGAGUACAGGACUAGACUCAUCAGGUAUGUGCAGGACAUUGGGGAGUACAUCGACACGUCUGCUGGGACUGCCCCACCUAACCAACAGCAGCUGAAGGACAUGAGGCGGUACAUUGACGCCAUGAUAGCUGACACUAAACAGGCUUACAAGGCCCGUGAGGAGCAGCUGAGCCAGGCAGCCAAGACGUACAAGAAGCAGGCCAAACAGAUGGCCAACAAGCACGAGCAGCUGCUGAUAGCCUACAGCCAGCUGCGGGAACAGGUGCUGGCAGGUGGCAGGAGCCUGGACAUCGACCUGGGGCUGUCAGAUGUGGAUCUCCAGCUGUCAGAUGGUGAGAGAGAGCUGCACGGAGCACAGACGGUGGAGUUGAACCGCCUGCGCCGUGCCCUACAGGACGCUCGGGCUGAGGCGGAGAGGGCAGAAAGGGCAGCAGCUAGACCUAAAAAUGUCACCAUACAGGAACCUCCAGGGAAAGGCCCAACAGACUGGUCCUCAGUGAGGAAACAGUUGCGUGAGUUUGCCCUGAACACUCAGCAGGAGCUGGAGACUGACAAUGCCAGGAUGAAAACUAAGGUGUCUGUGUUGGAGUCUCAGCUGUCAGAAGCACAGGACUACAUAGACAAACAUCUGGUCAGGUACAAGCAGGAGAUAGUACGUCUGCGCAAACUGCUGGGACAGGAGCCUGCCACCAGACAGGGCAGUGCAGGACCGUACCUGGACACUGAACCUGAGUUCUCACCCAGACGGAGAGGUCACUACAGAGCCAACACAUCCAACUAGUGAUGUACAAGUCCUCAUCUAGGAUUGAAGUUGUUUUGAGUUUGUAUUGUUUCAUUUUGUGGUUUCAUUAAGUGCUUCUCACUACAUGUAACCCUGUGUAGUUUACCUUUAUCAGAGGAGUACUAGUAACCUAUAUCCAUUGUUAUUAAGAACAGGGUAUCUAGGGUUUCCAACUGCAAGUUUGAAAAAGUAAACCAUUCUCCAUUAACUUGAUAUCCCUAA